UCACCUGGUAGCAAUAUCGUCGAUUUCAGGACUUUUCUGCUGAUAUUUUCGUGGUUUUCCUGCUCUAAUUCAGGAUGACCUCUUGUGAUUCGGGGGUACAGGUGAACGACGAAUGUAUCGCGGAGUGGGAAGCCCUAAAGCUGCGUUCGGCCUGGCGUUACAUUUUAUACAAACUUUCUGAUGACAUGACCCGAAUUGAAAUUGACAAGAAGGGCGGCGUAAAUAGCUCGUAUGAAGACUUCAUAGCCGAUCUACCAGCCCAUAGCCCAAGAUAUGCUGUGUUCGAUAUGCAUUAUAUGCUACAAGAUGGGACCUCAAAGAGGGACAAGCCCUUUUUCUUAUCAUGGGUUCCAGAAACGUGUAAAGUUAAAGAAAAAAUGAUAGCCGCUUCAAGCAAGGAGGGAAUUAAGAAAAAAUUGUGUGGAUGCCAAUUCGAAUUCCAAGCCUCCGAUUUUGAUGACCUGGAUCAGGAGGAUAUAAUUAACAAAAUAUCAAGGAAUCGACAGACAUAAUUUCAGGAGUUGGUCCUAAUGCACUGGUUUGAAGGAGGCUGACGUGCUUGGACGAGUCAUAUGUUUCAUCGGCAGUAAAUGGGAACUCCCCUUCAUAAAAUACCUUAGGCCUAGCCAGAAUUUUCAGAGGGGGGGGUCGUUUUUAAAAAAUACAGGGCAAUUCAUUAUCAUUUCAAAUAGCUUUUGAAAUUUUCCCAGUCAAUUCCGACAAUCUUUUCCCCGGGGGUCGUUUGCACCCCUCUUGACUCUACCUUUACAAACUGAUCCAUGAAAGCAGUAUCUAGUGUAAAAUUAAACUCGACAUGAAAAAAAAAACCUAGCCAAUGGUUUUCCAUAAAAUUAUAAAUUUCAGGGACGGAUCCAGGAGUUUAAGAAAGGCGUAGAUUUCUUCAAAUUUGUUUGUUCAAUAAGGCUCUCUGGUUCUGAGUCUUAAGUGCAUCUUCAGUGUCUGGUCAUUUCACGGAGAAUGCUUUGAACGGCCUAGUCUUGUCUUUGGGGUCAUUUUGUUAUAUGCAAUAGCAUAGUUUCACAAUAGCAUUCCGCGAAGUUACUAUUUAUAGCUCACAAGGUCAUUUGCAUAAGAUAUUGAUGACGUUUUAGUCACGUGACAGUCGGACAUCGACACUUAUUUCUACGCAUUUGAGCUUAUUUCAAAGUCAAUAAUCUUUGACCCUGCAUUGUUUUUAGCAUGAAUGAUACCAUAGAGUCAGAGAGAGAAAUAUUCAGAACAAUUAUGUAGUAUUUCCAACCCUUGGACAUGUGCCAGAUUGAAUCUAUAACUGCCCUAGUUAGAAAGCCUGAAUCCAUUACGAAACCGCAUGUUUGUCCGACAUUGCCUGUAAUUCAGCGAUGGGGAAAUAGAGGGCAGCAGCUUCAGUGACGUCAUCUUCGCAGAAUGCUAUUUGAAACUAUCAAUUUGUAUCGAAUACUCAAACUGCAACAGUAUUUUUUGGAUUCAUAAUUCAUGAAGCAAUAUAGAUUGGAAUGUGAUACACUUUUAAAGUAUUAAUUUGUACUAAUAAUCAAAUCGCAACAGUAUUUUGGACUCGCCAUAUCAUGAAGCAAUAUAGAUACUAGGAAUGUGAUAACAAGAGACUUUCUACAACGCUGGUUUCAAAGCUUUAUAAGAUAAUCAUGAUCUUUUAUAAAUUUGUAUUAAUUUUUUUGGUGCGAUUUUGUACUGAAUUUUCAUUUACUGGUAAUACUGAACUUGAACACAGAUCAACAAACUGGACUGGAUAGUUACGAGUGACUGUAUUCUUUUUAUAUAUUCUAAUGGAUCGAUUUUUAAUCAUCUUGUAACAACAGUAUCUUAUUAUCAUUUGCCAUCUGUACUUAGUAGUAUGAAAGGGACUCGCCGUUCGUAAUUACUGGUGCUCCAGAUAAAUAGAAAUGCAGUAAUACGCAAUGACGCAGUUCAGUUAUUAUUGACGCAAUGCAGUUAUUAUGCAUACGAAUUUGCUGAAAUGUGGUAUUUAAAGUAGUUGUAUACCUGUCUACACAUGGCAUUGUUGAAAUUGAUAAUCAGUACGUUUUUACACAAUUUGAAAUUUUCAAAUUCAGUUACUAAUUUCAAAUAUUUAACGAGCAGCGAUGGCCUUUAAUAGCAAUACUCACUUCAUCCUGGAGAAUAUUUUUUGUUGUAGUCAAUGGCCCAUUGUGUCAGAGGGACUGAAAAUAUCGGUAAAAGGUCUGUGAUUCGGAGUAAGCCACGAGUUAAAAAUCAUAUCGCUCCUCUACUUUACGCGACUCAAACUUUAAAGUCUAUGACUUGUUUUCUGUACUUGUGUCACAAACUUUACAGUGCCACAGUAUUUCUCAUGUUCGAAGCAUAGGCUUGGAACGUAACCGUAGGCUUGGAACAAAACCUUCCAAACUGGACCGGUCCCACCAUUCAGUAUUUUUUAGUCUGCAUAGUAUACUCGAAAGCUGAAUCAAACUUUCUAUGAUGAUUUUUGAUGUGCCAUAUUUUAUUUGUGUGUUUUUUAACAGUACUCAUUGAGAUUUUUUGUUUUUGUUUCUUUAUUUCUUUAUAUAUUGAACCAGCUUGAUUCUAGUCACUGAUUCAAGGUGAACUGUCCAGACUCCGAGACUGGUGUCUGAACAAAUGAUGUGAUUAUGUAACCACUGAUGAAUGGGCAUAAUAAUGUUCUGCUGAAGCAUUUUAUUUCAGUGCACAAUCACACUUUGAACUUGAUCUGAAUACUUUAAAUUUUUUUACAUCAGAUAGGUUAUCAGAAAUAUAUUUGGUUGUGUUUAAGUUUGUUUGCUCUUUAGAUGUGCCAGAGUAAUUGCAUUUACGCAGUGGAGCAAGCUUGUUGCACAAUUUUAGCGUGAAUGUACACUAUAUUGCCAAACUCAUUUUGUAUGCUGAUGAAUCUCAAUAAUAAAUGUAUCAAAACUGUUUUGAAA